AUGAAGCUCGUCUUCUCCCUGGUUUUCAUUGCUAUACUUGGGCUGUCUUCUCUGGAAGCCCAAAGAAACUCGAAACUAAACGUGGAAAAACGUUUCUGGCUCCCAGCCGACUGGUACAGCGGCAAUUUGCCAGGACCAGCAUCAGUCAAAACGUUUGAUGCGGAAUUGGAUAUCAACCAGGAAGACAUGCUUCGCGAAAUCGAGGAGCAAGCUGUGAAGGAGGAUUCUUCUGAAAACAUGAACAUCGCAAAACGACUCUACAUCGAACGCGGUGGGUUCCAUCCAGAGAAACGUGCAUCGGUCUACGGCAAAGGAAGAGUCCACCCACACAAGAGCAUCUAUGCCCAACUUCGUCUUCGUGGAAAGUGA